AUGUCGUCCUCGUCCUCCUCUUCCCUCUAUCGAUAUCGGAGCACGAGCUCCAUUCGUGGAUCCACGGCGAAUUAUGCGCCUAGGAUCAAUCGGCUCCUCCUCAUCGGCUGCUUCACGUGCUGGUGGCCGUGUCUCAGUUCGUGCGUACAGCGUCGAGCCCUCGUCCCGGGAUACUGUAUCCACAUAUUCCACGCGAUCCGCUAUACCAUCAUCUACCUCGUCAGCCCUGUCCCGUUCCUACAACGCUUCUGCCUCGAAUGUCAGUCCAUAUUCCAGGACUGCCGAUCGGUAUUCGAGCAACGAUUCCCUGUCGAGCUACCGUUCCCCAUCCACCACUACAAACUACAAGCCGACGGGACUGGCGACGACGGGAAGGAGUUCAAGCCUCACCGGCUCUACGAGCGCAACCUGGGCACCACAGCUGAUAAAUCGCUCGACAAAUACAAAAUUGACAACCAUUUUUCCAGUAACUACGCGCCCACAAAAUCGAGCUCGCUCAGCGGCGGCUAUUCCGGCUACAGUAGUCGGACAGAUCGCGCAGAUUAUCAGACAGCCAAACGGGAUACGGAAAAGGCGAAAAGGGACGAUAUCGAGGAGCGAUUCGAGCUGCUCUACAAUAAAUACGUCAAAGAUGCCCCGCCCCCAUCAACCGAUAAACUGGCGGCCACGGCGAGGGAAGAGAUGGAAAAUGGCAUCCAGAAAAGCGCCCCGCCUACCGUAACCCCCAAACCGACAGCCGGGCAAUCGAUGACGCGUGAAAAAUCGGCAGAAAAAUCAAUUUCCGAAGAUUUGCCCGGGAUUCUGACCGAAAUUGCCAUCAGAAAGAAGGGGAAAGGGGCGGCUGGGCUACAAAGUACACCUAACGACGGAGGAAUUCGACUACAAACUACACUUUCUGCCGAUAAUAAGGAGACGACCGUCUCGACAAUCGAUGACACCAGCCGUCCUUCCAUCGUCAUUUCUUCACAUCAAGAACCCCAUCCAGAUUCUACAAAAAGCACGGUUGCCGCCAAUAAAGGCUCCAUCCCGAUCAGAAAAAGACAGGGCCGAACGCUGGAGGAUCUGAAAGAUUCACUUUUGAACGAGAAGAAAAUGGAUCCAAUGGAGACGGAACCCUCAACUUCUUCCUAUUUUCAUGAAUGUGUCAUUUUGAAUGACGAUAAUUCGGGCGAAGACCUCUGCACGGCGGCCACUAUUUCGAUGAAUGACUCCAACCGGCCGUCAGACUCGAAUGAUACGGUCCAUUUGGACGCUGACCCCAAUCAGCAGCGCUGCCGAAUUAUUCUAUGGCCUCAGCCUGGUGCGAGUUCCGGAAUUUGCCCGCCAAUGGUCAUGCCCUCCCAACCGAACACCCCGAUCGGCGAGGGACAAUUCUUUGGGUCGGAAGAGGAAGAAGCCUCCGAAUCCGAGGAGGGAAGCGAUGAUGUCGAGUCGUUCACGGAUGACUCGGAUGUGUACGAGUCGGAUUUCGAGUACAGCGUCUCGGAGAGCAUCCCCUUUUUGCCGUCGAUGGCAAAGACAGAAAGCGGUCCAGAAGGCGUUGGGGUAGUUGUCGAGAAAGAGUUGCCCUUUCUGGAGCACAAUCACGAAGAUUUGCGAGGGCGUGUCGAGUCGCUGCUGGCCCACCCUCCUCCGUUGCCUGUAUUCACCUGUUCGGUGACGUAUGACGGACAAAUGUCGGCGGCGAGCGGGGACUCGUGGGGCAGCGCCGACGAGGGAGAUGAAGAGGAGGAGGAGCAAGAGGAGGAAAUGGAAUUGGACCGUCAAACAGAUGACGGAAGCUAUAAGGGACAGACAGUUGGAGCAACACUGACACUUCUACAAAAAGCCGCAAUGAAAGAAGAUGGGGAAGAGGAGGAUGAGGAGGAUGAGGAUGAGGAGGACGAGGAAGACGAAUUUUAUGAAUCCGAUCAGUACUCGGAGGAGUCGUACUCAGAGGAUGAGGAAUGGAGCGACAGUUUCGUUUCGGACGAGGAAUCCGCUGCCGAGAUGGACAGCGCUUCCCUGUCGUUCGAAUCUGUUUCCGAUGAAAAGUCAGAAGCGGUGGAUUCAGACGCGAUUUCUGCCUCUCCUCUCUCGGUCUCUCCCUCCAGGGAUACGAAUUUGGCCCAAAUUGAGAGUCGCCUGGCCACGUCGAUGGUCGCUGAAAUUCAGGAUCAGGAAGAAACGGAAGAAGGCGUUCUGGAAGAGUUGCCCUCCGAGUCAAUCCUAUCUACAGUACCCCGAGAGAUCCCAAAUGUUGAGGAAAAGGGUGGCCCGGUAAUUCUGAUGGAGCCGACAUUUGUGAAGCCACAGGAGGGAAAGGAUAAGGAAACGACAGCGUCUCGAUAUUUCCCCUCAAAACAGCCGACAACGGAUCAUGCCCGAAAGGCCGUCAUCCAGCCCACAAAACUCGAAAAAGCCCAAGUUGCCUCGGCCAUCCAGACCAAUAUUGGAGCACCCGUGAAGCCAAAAUCCACCGCCGAGGAGAAGCCGAAGGCGUUCGGGUCGACCCUCGAGAAGAUUGUGGCCGCGGGAAAACUGCCGGAAACCACCGGAACAAGCCCGCCAAAGGACAAAUCGGCGGUGCGCAAAUCGGCGUUGAACAUGACCGUGGAAGAGGCUCAGAAAAAGGAACACGCUGCUGAGGAAGCCGCGAAGCGGUCUGCCCGCCGCUACAACCUAGUGGGAUCGCUGGCCGAGAAGUUCAGCGAGGCUGCCGAGAUGCCACAGGAGAAACAUACAUAUCGCCGUUCGAAAGCGCUGCAAAGCCGCGAUGAGACGCGUCCUCGAAGACAUUAUGCUCCGAUAAUACAACCAAUUGUCGAUGAUUCUUUCGAAAAACAGAUGGAGGAGCUGCGCGAAAAAAUGAAAGCCGGCACGUCGGCAUUCCAGAAGGAGUUCACCGAGCUGAAAAAGGGAAUGCUGACCUGCGCCGAGGAGCCGAAACUUCGCGAACAAGAGGAAAAACAUCGACAAUUACUGCAACAGAAUGCACACGCUAUCGGAAAAGCGGAAGAGGAGAAACGACGCCAGAAGGGAUUGAGAGACGCCGUUUUGGAGAAGGAACUCGCCAAAAUACCGGCGAAAGGCACGGGAAAAGAGGAGAGGGCUGAAAAGGCCGAGAAACCGCACAAACAAUUGCCACCUGGAUCUCCAAAAGCCGAGCCCCGCCGCACGAUUCGAAGGCUGAAACAACAGGACAAAGACGAGCCAAAACCAGCUGAGCCGACCACUUCUGCCCCAAAAUCCACCGAAGCCCCGCCCACCACCGGCUCUCUUGAUUCGGCGGAUCUACAGGGAAUGCUGCCGUCAGGGCUCGCCAGCGGUACGUCAGCACCAAUCAAUGCCCCCGAUGCCGCUACAAAAAGGAAAUCCGCGCUGGACGCGCUCCGGAAUCGUCGCUCCUCUGGGCUGGACAUGCCAUCGGAUGCACGAGGAGGAGCACCACAAGGAGAAGGAGCAGUCGCCACAAGGAUUAGAAAUGCGCUCGGCGGCGUUUCGAAGGGACGGUCGGGAGAGCCGCUGGCACCCAGUUUACAGGGAGCGGAGGGCGGAGGGGGUACGUGUUCAUCUUCUGAGACCACGUCAACACCACGAAGGAGAUAUGGGCAGAGGAGAAGAACGGAAGAGAUUAUAUUGCCGCCAAAGGACCCUAUUCCAAAAAAGCGUCGCCGCCAACAGUCACGGCCAAAUCGACUGAUUCGAACGCCCGGUGAUAUCGAUGUGAUAUUGGGAUAUGGUGGAGGGAUGACAUUUGAGGCGCUCGAGCGGCUGUUCGAUGAAGCCGCGAAGGAGAAGCGAAUGCGACGAGACACUCCACCCCCAAAAGACCUCGCCGGAAAGCCGGCCACCCGCGUCUGGAUCAGCGCAUUAAUGGACAUUGACAAAAUCUACAAGGCAAUCGAGCUGCGAGAUAUUGCCGCUUCCGUCAAUGGA